AUGCCCGCAACGUCAUCGGGACGGAUCGUCAAAUCCCGAAAGGGCCCAAUUCAGAAGGGGAGAAAUCAACACAAAUGGCAGUCGUUUUCGAGUAAAAUCUCCAGACUCUCGGCAAUCGACCCUCUGCGCAAAGUUCGCCGCAACGAUCUCGACGUCGAAGACGAUAAAGCGACCACCAGCUACUUUCGAACUGGACUGGAAAAAUGGACAGACCUGAAUAUAGCGAAAGGCUUCACCUACUUCCGCAGGGAGGUGCUGCCCAUCUCCGACAGUUUGGCACAGAUUCUGCACUUCGAGGAUAAGAUCAUGGACCUUCUGGAAAAAUACGUAUCCGGGCAAGAAAAAGAAUCGCUGGAACCGCUAUUGGAGCUCCUCACAGCAUUUGCGCAUGAUUUGGGCACGCGAUUCGAGAAACACUACGCAAGAGCCCUGGCCUUGAUUGUAGAAACCGCUGGGAAGCGACACGAUGCUGAUGUGAUCGAGUGGACGUUCGCGUCUUUGGCCUUCCUCUUCAAGUAUCUGUCGAGACUCCUAGCCCCCGAUAUUCGGCCGACAUACGAUGCCAUGGCUGGACUCCUUGGGAAAGCGCGGUGUCCCACUCACAUUGCUCGAUUCGCCGCCGAAUCCCUCAGUUUCCUUAUUAAGAAAGCCGCUGCCCCGUCUAAUCGAGACAAGUCUCUACCUCUGAUCAUUGAGCAUGCCAGAGCAGAUCUGCAGAAUACCCGCGGACAUCGACAACACGAGCUGUACUACCAUGGGUUGAUGACGAUGUUCGCCGAAGCCAUUAAGGGGCAAGGAAUGGGCGUCCACACAGUUGGGCCGUCCAUUUUCAAGGCGCUGGUCGCAUCUAUUCCAAACGAAGAGUGCCAUUCCGAACAGAACGAUCGUUGGUCAGAUCUUGUUUGCGGUGUCCUCGUGAGCAUAAUACAUCAUACCAAUGCCGAAGGCUUCGAGCCCAUCGCCCAAUCAAUCUACGAACAAAGGUCCGCCGAUGAGUCUCGGAAAGACUUCCCAAUUCGCAACAUCAUGUAUGUGAGGCUACUCGGAAUUAUGGCCGGUGUCCGGAAAGCAAGCAGGAUCUCGGAUUGGGCCGCUGUUCUGGAAUGUCUGCGGGAAUCUGUCGCCGAUCUCUGCAAGGAACCCUCCGAGCUCGAUGUCGUGGGCCAGUCGUCAAUCUGGCAACAUGUGCUCGUCAACGUAGCCAUAAUCCUGCAGUGGGCACCCAUGGACGCCAUAAUUCCCAACAUAACCGGCAUCAUAAACAAUUUGACAAGAGAGCCACUGAUGAAAUGGUUCAUCCCCUUUUGUUCAUAUUUCUCGGACCUCGAUAUCACGAAAUUUCGAAGUCUAUUCCUAAAUCAUUUCCAGAAAUUUAUCAUGAAACAUUGGUCAGAAGACGCCAACGAGGACAUGCUCUGUGUUCUCAUUCCUCGAAUGGUGCAGUCGAGAGCCCUUCCGUCAACGAAUGACACCGAAAAGUUUGGACUACCCCAGUCGUGGCAAGAUCAGAUUGUCGCCAAGUUUGAGAGGUUAGAGGUGUCGCCAUUCCCAGAGGAGGGCGCCUCAAAUGCAUAUGACAAGGACCCGAAGGUUUGGCGAGACAGAUGCUUGCCGAAAUACUGUGCUCUUCUACAGCUUCUGGAGUGCACAACGGUUCACCCGUCGAUCAACGGUCCAAUCUCGGGGCUUCUUCUAAGAAAACUCAAGCUUGCGCUUCGGCCAUCUUUAUCUCUGGCCACCGAUGAAGCUCGAUUCAUCGUCAGUCAGGGAUUCUCAGCUUAUCUUCGCAUGAGUCAAGCGGCGGGACAGCUUGACAAAUCCCUGAGCCCACUACUCAGAGCCGCCGCGCCUAGAUAUUGCCGCUUGACUGGCUUCCUGAAGGCUAUGCUUGCGUAUGAAGAGCAGAACGACAGCAGUAGCCCAUCAUCCCAGGACGGCAGUGCGAGCCCUGAUAAGGAGGAGGACCCGCUUCUACAGUGUCUCAUCGACAAUCUCUCUGCGGAAUCAUCGGAGUUGCGUCUGGCGUCGCUCAAGUUGCUUGACAAGCUGGAUAUAGCCCCCGACCAACUGGAAGUUUUGGGGAUCAUGCUUCAGAUCGAGCAGACCCCAUUAGACCUGCAGAAUGUUCGUGCAAUCUCAUCUCACAUCCGAAAGCUCUCAGUAACCUACUGUCAGGUAGAUGAGAACUCCUGGCUUCGUCGCGCAGUACCAGCGUUUCUUUUCGGCUUGAUGACAGUCAGGCUGGCACCAGUCUGGGAGAGUGCAGUUGAGGCAUGGAAAGAAGUCACGCAAGCCAAGAGUGGGGAGGAGCAGCUUUGCGAGCGGGCUUUGCAGUGGCUAGAUGUUCCCUCAAAACGGUGGGAUGGCCCUACGAACCACGCAGUCGGUCAGAAGAGGCAAGGACUUACCGAUUUUGAAUGUCUGAACCUCAUGUAUCUGAGGAGGAAGGCCGACGACGCAAAAUGUGUCAUUGAUGAUGCUGCUGAUAUGAUGCUCAGCUCAUUUGAGGAUAGCCAACGUGCCGUACCAGAAACGCCCAGCAAUGCGCGAUCGCAAGCAUUGAAGAUUCUCUCUGCAGUUCCCCACCUUGCCGAAAAGAGAUCCCGUACACUGGUGCCGAUGUUUUUAUCUUGGAGUUCGGGGGUUGAGGAGCAACAAGGUAGCUCAGAGGGUGAAGAGGAGGCAGAUGCCAACAUUAGUGGAUCAUGGUCACUCUUUGAUAAGAAAGGCUUACUCGGUGUCUUCGCACAGUUUUCAAACCCCAGGGUCCUCUUCCAAAGUCAGAAGGUCUACGACGCACUCCUCAGACUGCUCGCGAACGGUGACGCAGAAAUUCAGAGAGCCGCGCUCAAGGCGAUCAUUGCAUGGAAACAGGACGGUGUCAAACCGUACCAAGAGAAUCUAGAGUAUCUGCUGGACGAGGCAAGAUUCAAGAAUGAGCUCACCGUCCUCUUCCAAGGUGAUCAUCAAAUUCUACCGGAACACCGCGAUGAAAUCAUGCCUGUCCUUCUCCGGUUACUUUAUGGCAGAACAAUUUCCAAGAAAGGGGUUGCGAGUGGACGUGGUGGCCUUCAGUCCACUAGACUUGCUGUUCUACGGCACCUCUCUGUGGACGACAUGGGUCGCUUCCUUGAUAUUGCCUUGGGCGAGCUUCACGGGAUUGAAAUUCUUCAGGAUUCUGUCAUUCGCGACGAUAUGUUGGACCGAGAAAUAAUGCCAAUCCGAAAACAGGUCGGUUUUCUGAACAUGAUGGCCGCCAUGAUCAACGAACUUGGCACUAGCGUUUCCGCUUAUGCCAACACUCUUCUCAAUGCGGUACUAUACUGCCUGGUCUUUGCCUGCCGAAAUCUGGGACAGAGCGCGGAGGACGUCGACGAAACGGAAUCAGUGAGCCAAACGUCGCUGCUUCGAACCGUACGCACUACCGCCAUCAAGUGUGUAAUAUCACUGUUACGCAAUGCACCGCAGUUUGACUGGGCCCAGUACAAGGACAUUGUGAUCAAGGAAGUUGUGAGUCCGCGGGUUGACAACCUCCCGGCCGAAAACACGCAAGGCAUAUCGGGUACCUUUCAACUACUGUCGGUUUUGUCGCUCACUUCCGAGACAGCCUUGUUCCUUGCCCUUGACGGAAGAAUUGUUGUCAAAUUGUUGGACUGUUUGUCCUUCCAGAAGGCUAAGGAUGAGGUGAGGGUCUUUGCCUUGAGCAUCAUACGCAACCUUAUCAAAGACGCCCAAGCACCUGCGGCCGAAUCCGAAUCCCACGAACUCAUUAAGACGCAACUUAUCGACCCCAAUCUCGAUAUGAUCCUCCGCAUAGUUGGUGGUGUCCUGAAGUCGGACCACGAUAUUGGGAAAGACCUUUUGGCAGCCUGUGUCGACGCAGUUGUAGAGCUGUCACCCAUAGUGCAGCAAUCCGGCAACACUGCGGAGUUGAUUGACAUCUCUGUCUAUCUUCUCAACCAGCCCUCAAGACGGGUCAACCCCAAAGUGAAGGGCAAUGUUUUGACUAUUCUUGAAAAAUUCCUCCGACUUGAAAACCUGAAGUCAGAUGCACCCCUCAGAGAACGAAUCUACUCCACGAUCGCAUCUCUUUUCGGUUAUUUCAAAGACACGUCUAGUCGCCAGGCUCUUUCCAGAGUCUUGACAGUGUACGCAGGAGAUGAUGCUGCCAUUCUGAAGGUGGCAAGUUUGUGCACAGAUCUUAAUUCCUACGUCGAACGGCGGAUGGAUGAGCCAAAUUACGAAAGGCGCUUGGCCGCAUUCAACGAGAUCUCCAAAAGGGAGAUACCCUUCACGCCCCAUGAAUGGGAGCCAUUACUACACAACAUGCUGUUUUAUAUCAAACAUGACGAGGAGUACGGAAUUCUGUCAUCCAACUCAGCCGAUGGCAUGUGCAAGUUCGUAGAAGCAGCAGCUGCCUCAACCGAUGAGGAAAACGACGCCUACCAGAAGUUACUCGCCGAUAGCAUCUUGCCAGCUAUUUAUGCAGGCGCUAGAGAGCCCUCCGAGACUGUCAGACGCGAGACUGUCAGGGUUCUCGGCUUCUUAGUGUCUCAUUUACCAUCGUGGGCACCAGUUAGCGACCUUGUAGGACUUGACCCGCCACCGGAUGAACAAGACUCGGACCCAAGCUUUUUCAGCCAUAUCCUCAGUCCUGCAACAUCGAGGCAGAUGCGAGCUUUGCAACUUCUGUCCAAGGUCAACUACCAUGCAGAGUUGAGCAGCAAAAACUUGGCCCACUUCUUCAUACCACUGCUAGAGCACUUCAUCUUUAGUCGUGAGGAAGGCAAUGACGACCAUGGUGUUGGAGCUCAAGCUACAACGGCCAUUGCUGAUCUAGCAGUCUCCCUGGAGUGGCCACAAUUCCGUGCAACAAUUCGCAGGUACAUCGGUUACAUCGAGACACGGCCAGAGGCUCAGAAGCAGCUUGUUCGGCUACUGGGGAAAAUCAUCGAUUCUCUGGCUGUAGCUGCUUUAGAGAAGUAUGAGGACAAUAUGGAAAUUGACGAGGCGUCUACAACGCAGUCAAAGAAACACCGUCUAGCCAGUACAAUGCCAGCAGCGGAGAAAUUCAGCGAUGACAUCGUCUCUAACGUCUUGCCACCUUUGAUGGAGUACAUCCAUGACAAGGAUGAGACGACAGUCAGCUCUCGUGUACCUGUUGGUAUCAUUCUCGUCAAGCUUCUGAAGCUUCUACCACCCAAACUACUGGAACAGAAGCUGCCUGGAGUACUGACAGAUAUGUGUCAUAUCCUGAGAAGCAAAUCUUGGGAAUCUCGAGAAAUGGCACGGGAUACUUUAGCCAAAAUGACUACGCUUCUGGGUCCAUCCUACUUCGGGUUUGUGCUUGACGAGCUGCGCGGCGCCUUGACCAAGGGAUACCAACUUCACGUGCUUUCCUACACCAUGCACUCAAUCUUGGUGCAUGGCAUUCCGCUAUUUCAACCUGGAGACCUUGAUUACUGUCUUGAUAAAAUCGUCGCAGUCAUCAUGGAUGACAUCUUCGGAGUCGUCGGCCAAGAAAAGGAUGCGGAAGAAUACACCAGUCAGAUGAAGGAGGUGAAGAGCAGCAAGAGCCAGGAUUCGAUGGAGCUUGUUGCACGAACCACGUCGAUCGGUUGCCUGGUUGAGCUCGUUCGUCCCAUGCAGUCACUCCUCCUUGAGAAACUGGACCUUCGAAUGGUACGGAAGAUUGACGAGCUGCUCACGCGGAUCGCCAAUGGUCUGCUUGCCAACCCUGCUGCCGAGAGCCAAGACACAUUGGUAUUCUGUUACGAGGUCAUUCAGCGCGUAUACGAAAGCGAUAAACCACGAGCGGAAGUCCAGCUGGACUACAAGCUUCGGCGGUAUCUUGUCCAGAAAGGUGCCAAACGAAGUGGGGAGCGUGGUUCCACAAGCAAGCACACAUACAAGCUAAUCCGUUUCGCUUUCGACAUUCUCCGCGCAGUAUGGAAGAAGCACGAUAGUAUUCGUACGGCUGGGAACAUUUCUGGCUUCGUCCCAAUCCUUGGUGAUGCAAUCGUUGGAGGCGAGGAGGAAGUUAAAGUUGCUGCCUUCAAACUUCUCACUGUAAUCGUCAGGGUUCCCUUCAAAACGGAGGAGUCAACGAAGCUUUAUAAGGUUGCGGUCAAAGAAGCGACAAAGAGCAUCGCGAUGUCCACGUCUACUUCGACUGACCUUGCACAAGCCGCGUUGAAGCUCCUAUCUGUGGCUUUGAGAGAUCACAAGGAUGCUACAGGUCGACGGGAUGUGGUGCUCAAAGAUACAGCAACCGACCUUCUCCUCGGAAAUCUCAAAGACGACUUGACUGAGCCACUAUACCGCCACGUCACCUUCAAUUUCUUGCGGUCAAUCCUGGAUUCCAAACUGGAGACGGCCUCUGUCUACGACACUCUCGACUAUGUUGGGACGGUCAUGAUCACCAAUGACGACAAGGACACAAGAGACUUGGCGCGAGGUGCCUUCUUCCAAUUCCUGCGAGAUUACCCGCAGAAGAAAAACAGAUGGGCCAAGCAACUUGCUUUCAUCGUUGCCAACCUCAAGUAUGACCGAGAAGGCGGCCGUCUUUCUGUCAUGGAAGCGAUCAACCUGCUCCUGAACAAGUCGGCGAAUGACUUUGUACAGGAAAUUGCCACCACCUGUUUCAUUCCUUUGAUCUUCGUGCUGGCCAACGACGACAGCGAGAAGUGCCGUUUGGUAGCGGGUGGUUUACUCAAAGAGAUAUUCCGAAGGUCAGACAAGGAGCGCACAUCGAAGUUUUUGACGCUGCUGCGAAAUUGGCUAGAACAGGGCGAAAACCAAUCGGUCUUGCGUCUGGGCAUUCAAGGUUUCGGGUUCUAUUUUGAGGCGAAGGUGGCAGCGCAAAAAGACCAGAAAGACCUAGAUCUCCUGGUUGCUCGACUAGUCGAGGUAUUGGACGAUUACGCCAGCUUUGCGGACGACUGGGAAUUGAUCAACACAAUUGUUCAGACUGUCUGCAUCCUCGGUCAGAAAUUCCCAUCGGUAAUAUUGGCUCACGCGGAACUAUGGCACGCAAUUGCAAGGCCACUCACAUCGACUCAUCCAGUCGUCAAGUUAUCGGCUGUUGGUCUGCUGAACCUAUACCUGAAUGAUUUCUAUGAGCAAAGCCAGAAUCUCAGGAAAGAGAAAAAGAACAAGGGUAUGGCGGAAGCAGACGAGUCUUUGAAGGAAUUGACAGGUUCAUACGGACUCUUGCUUGAGAAGAGCGCUGCAGAAGCGCUUGUCGUCCUAGCCGUCGGGAUUCUGAGUCCUGCGGUGGUUGCCAGAUGGAGGAAGCGCAUGGCCAAGAAGAACCAGGGCGAUGUCAAUAUUACCUUGGCCGAUCCCUCAACUUCUCAGUCGCAGUCCACAGACAUAGAUGAGAAUUUGGCCACCGCUGUGGUCCACUCCUUAAAGGUUCUUGGCACAUUCCUCGAUCAGAAACCCUCAGCAUCGGACAAUGAAUCGAGUGACGAGGCUCCGGUCGACGAGGACGAAGAAGAAGACGAAGGCGGUUCUGCAGAUGAUGACGAGUGGACCGGGAUUGAGGAGCCUUCCGAGCCAGUUGUCACUCUCCAUACGCUCUUCACUCUGCUCUCUGAUAUCCUGAUCGCUGAGACGACAGCAAGAUCUCCAGCGCUCGUACCAAAAACGAAAGCCAUGGAUCUCCUCACCCAUUUCAUCCACACCCUCCCAUCCUCGACUCUUCUUCCCUCCCUCAACAUCCUCCUUACGCCACUACACCACCUGACAGACCCGUCUAUUCCUAUGCCUGUUUCAGUUGACGACGAAUUCAAGGCACGUUACGAAGAGCUGAAAACCCAGUCGCAAGAGAGAAUGGACAUGCUGCAACGGAAGAUGGGUACCGAGGCAUACACGCGUGAAGUGCUGAAGAUCCGGGAGAUGAGACGGAAGCGGCGAGAAGGUCGCGCGCGCAAGAGAAAGAUUGAGGCCGUUGCCGCGCCGGAGAAGUACGGCAAAUGGAAGCGCGGGAAGCUGGACAAGAAGAUCAAGGCGAGGAAGGUGAAGGGUGUCAGGAACCGAGAACGCCGGCAUGGAGCCGGAUUUUAG